UCAAACAGCUGCAAUGGACUACAGAGUAGAGCAUUUGAAGAGCAACUGCAGAGAAACAUUGCAUGCAGACUUGGAUGUAUUUGAUAUCUCUGAAGAGCUUGGAUUUAUCCUUGAAGAGCCACUGACUCAGCUCGCAGACUAUUAUCAGGUGUGGUUGGACCUGGCAAAUAAUCUUACACAUUUGAUAGAGUCACGUAAACUGCGGGAUCUGGUUCACAAGAUGCCUGUUUUGAGUCCCCAUCUUUUGAGCAACCACCGGGAGCUUAGGCUUGCUCACCUGGUGCUGGGAUUCAUCAGCAUGGGAUAUGUGUGGCAGGAUGGACAACAUGCACCUGCUCAGAUUCUUCCUAAAGCACUGGCCUGUCCUUACUGGCGGGUAUCCCGCAGGCUCGGCCUCCCGCCUAUCCUGACUUAUGCAGAUUCCGUUUUAGCCAACUGGAAGUUAAAGGAUCCCACGGGAGAUAUGGAAUUUGGGAACAUAGACCUGAUAUUUUCCUUCCCUGGUGGGGAGAGUUGCAGGGGAUUUUUUAUUGUGUCCCUGCUGGUGGAGCAGGCUGCCAGUUCAGGCUUAAUGGGGGCGCUGGAGGUGAUGCACGCCAUGAAAAUCUCUGACCUCAUCGGGAUACAGAAGGGCCUAAUCAAAGUAACCCAGUCUUUGAAGAAGAUGAGGGAAACUUUCCAACUCAUGCACAGUCAUGUGGAGCCAACCACAUUUCAUGGAACAUUGAGAAUUUUCGUCUCAGGGUGGCGAGACAACCCCAUGCUUCCAAGAGGGCUGCUGUAUGAAGGUGUUAGCAAUGAGCCAAUUCUGCUGUCAGGUGGAAGUGCUGCUCAGAGUUCAGCCAUCCAGUGCUUUGAUGCUCUGCUUUGCAUCCAACAUGAGGGUGAGACAGGAGCCUUCCUGACACGCAUGAGGGAUUACAUGCCUCCCGCUCACCGUCAGCUGAUAGAGUCUCUGUCUGUCUGUUCGUCACUGCGAGACUUCAUCAUGACUUGCUCCAGUCUUGACCUCUGCCAGUCCUACAACUCCUGUGUCUCUGCACUGGUGGAUUUACGUAACUAUCACCUGAAUACUGUCACCAAGUACGUGAUCGUGCCCGGUAACCGUGCCCGCUCCAUGGGCUGCCCUCUCAGAGGGGCGGGCUCCAUGCUGAACACCACUGGCACAGGCGGAUCCAACAUCAUCGUUUUCCUCAAGAGUGUUCGCAACUCCACGCAAAAUGCACUCAUCUUUGAGAAACCGACAACGUCAAAAGAAACAAAAAUAUAAUCUUAAGCGUCUGAUCCAGCAUCAAACACUUUUUAUUUAUUUAUGAAAGACUUACAGAACAUAACUAUUUA